AUAGGUAGGAGUUUAGUCUUUGCUCGGCAUUUGUCCACAAAUCACCUAGUUCCUCAUUUUUUCAAAUUCGUCCUCAAAAAAUGGGAAACCCCACGAUAAUCUUAUUCUUCGGAAUCCUCCUCCUCGCCAAUUUCGCCAAGUGUGAAGAUGCCGCAGCGACCGGUGCUGCCGGUGCUGCUGCAACGUCUUCUUCAAAUACGGGAACCGCCCCAGUCGCCGGGCUUACGGCCCCUCCUCCCCCACAUCCAGGUGGUCCGGGGGGUAUUGGACCUGGUGGAAUUCCCGGUGGCUUGGGAGGACUCUUCCCUGGACUCGGUUUUGGGGGAUUAGGAUUCAACAAGCACUUGGACUUUAACGCUGGGGCAGGAUAUGGACCUUUCCUCGGAGGACUGGGAGGGUUUGGAGGUGGUGUUCCGCCCCCACCCCCGGUCGAUGCUGGAAUUGACCCUGGAUUGGGUGGUGGAUUUGGAGGUCUCCCCUUUGGUCUUUUAGGCCCAUCUUACAUCCCCUCGACAUGGAUUGGUUCGGCCCUCGGUGCUAAAGGUGAUCUUCUAUUUCCUCUCGUCAUGUUCGUCUUCUUCGUCGUCGGAGUGUGGACCAUUGUCCAAUUUCUCCUCGGACUCAUCGUCCCCCUGAUCGCGGCCAAGGUUUCCAUCCUCAAGGGAGGUCUCAACAACAAGUUCUCCAGGAGGAGUCUCACCCCUCAGGAAGAAAAGGAUGAGCAAAUCACCCACCUGACCAACGUGGUGUGGGCAGCGUUUGAAAACUUUGGCUGUAUGAAGACCUCAGCAUGCUACACGGGAAAUAUGGUCCAUUCUUUGGCUGGAACUGAUAACUUGAAGCAGUACGAAGGGAUUUUGGACACGAUGAAGAUCAUGGACAAGGAUAUUGUCGCAAUUUUUAAGAAAUCUGUCGAAUCUGGACAAGAAGACUGCUCCAAGUACCCGUGUGACGCGUUUGGAAAGAAUGCUGAGCACCAAAAGGGCGAUUCUGAAUGAUUAAGGUUUAGUCAUCAACUUAAAUAUUUAGUUCCACGAAGAGCUUUAAACGUCGGUAGAGAUAUAGAUGCUAAUUUGAAUGUUAAACAAAUCUUAAUUAAAUUAGUCAAAUCUACUAAAUUCCCAUAGAUUAUGAUAUAUGUGCAGCAACAGAAAAGAAUCACGUGUAAUAUUUUUUGUAGCUUUUAUUCUCUCGUUAAAAUUGAGUAGUUAUAAUGGAACAUCAUUUUUUUGGCAUAUUCGUGAAAAUAAAAAAAGUGUUAAACCAA